UUGACCAGAUAAAGUUAAGAGGGUACAGUUGUAAAUUGGACAUGCUCCCCAGUAAACUAAUAAAAUGUAAAUUAAAGUUGCAACAGCAGUACCUUUCAGGCUAACUAUAUCAAAGAAUUGUUGACGGAUUAAUUAUUUUUAAUAAUGUUUCAUUUCAGAUAUAUUGAAGGCCUAAACUGCAACUAUGAAGUCUAAAAUGAUUAACAUCAAGGAUUUUGAUUUCCAUGAUUUGCUUGACUCUACAUCCAACCUUCAUGAUGUUGAAUUCAAGAUUAUAGAUGAGAACUUCCAGGAGCUGGGAACUGUCAGGUCCCACAAGUUCUUGCUGUCCCUCCUGUCCCCUGUGCUGAAGAAGAUGUUCAGCAGCCGGGAGGAGGGAUCCAUUGUUGUUGAGAUCACUGGUCCAUCCUUCAUAAGCUUCCAGACCCUCAUCCAGUUCUUAUACACUGGAGAUGAGUCAGUUAUUACAGAUAUAUCCUCUAUUGAUGAUCUGUUUGAUCUGUAUUAUCUGGGAGACAAGUAUGAGCUGCGUGGAGCCAGGAACCUGAUUAAGGAAGUUGUCUCUAGCUUCAAGAUUAACCAGGAGAACUGGAUUCAUGUACUCAAGGGAAUCAAGAAGUACGAGAAUACUUUCCUGUUUGAAGAUCUCUGUAACAUACUUCAGGAUCAAGUUCAAGGGUAUUUGAAGGGCUGUCCCUCUUCUGAUGAAUACCUGGAUGAUAUUCAAGAAUCUGAUGACACAGAUUUCUAUUCCUGGGUCAAAAACUGGAUUCAGAAAUGGAGGAGAUCAGACACAGGUUUACAAGAAGCAGAUAGAAAGUAUUCACAGGAAAGUGAACUCAAGGAUUUAAAGAUUCUAAUCCAGAAUAUGAAAUAUCAGCAUGAAGAACUUAUCCAGACCACACAACAGAAAGAUAAGAUGAUUGAAGAAUUGAAAUUAAAGCAGGAAGAACUAAUCCGGACCACAGAACAGAAAGAUAAGAGGAUUGAAGAAUUGGAAUUAAAGCAGGAAGAACUAAUCCAGACCACACAACAGAAAGAUAAGAGGAUUGAAGAAUUGGAAUUAAAGCAUGAAGAACUUAUCCAGACCACACAACAGAAAACUAAGAGGAUUGAAGAAUUGGAAUUAAAGCAGGAAGAACUUAUCCAGACCACACAACAGAAUGAUAAGAGGAUUGAAGAAUUGGAAUUAAAGCAGGAAGAACUAAUCCAGACCACACAACAGAAAGAUAAGAGGAUUGAAGAAUUGGAAUUAAAGCAUGAAGAACUUAUCCAGACCACACAACAGAAAACUAAGAGGAUUGAAGAAUUGGAAUUAAAGCAGGAAGAACUUAUCCAGACCACACAACAGAAUGAUAAGAGGAUUGAAGAAUUGAAAUUAAAGCAGGAAGAACUAAUCCAGACCACACAACAGAAAGAUAAGAGGAUUGAAGAAUUGGAAUUAAAGCAUGAGGAACUAAUCCAGACCACAGAACAGAAAGAUAAGAGGAUUGAAGAAUUGGAAUUAAAGCAUGAGGAACUAAUCCAGACCACACAACAAAAAGAUAAGAGGAUUGAAGAAUUGGAAUUAUAUCAGAAUGAUCUACAACAUGAUCUACAGACAAAGGAUAGAAAGAUUCAGAAUUUGGAAUCCCAGCAUGAAGAAUUUAUUAAGAACACAGAACAGAAAUUGAGAAUGAUGAAGGAAAUUAAAGGCAAAGCAGAUUUUAAAGUUGUUUAUCCAGUUUGUCUUGGCUGUAGUGGGAGUAAUAUUCCCUUAGAAAACAUGUUUGAGCACAUGAAAAGUUGUAAAUUUAUUGAGUUUGAUGAGAGUCAUCUGAAGCUGAAUACAGAGGUGAUGGUUAAUGCUGAUUAUCAUAAUAUAGCUUAUAAGCUGGAAGAAUCCAGAGACUGGUUUAUAAUCAAGAUACGGAAUGACAAUAAAGUGUUCUACAUCAUGCACCACAGUGAAGAGGAAACAAAGAAUGUGUUCUAUUACAAUAUAAAAUAUUACAGUUGGAAAAAUGUGGAUGAUAAAGACAUAAUCAAAUCUGUAACAGUAAGAUGUGCUCCUAUGGGGAUAUUACCUAAGGAUGCUGUACACAAUAACUUCACAACAAACAUACCAAUCAAAGUUUUACUAGAAGAAGAUGUGAAAUUUACAAUGUAUAAAGCUUAAUCAUCUUUGUCCACCACCAACUAGGGCUGGGCACGUUCCGACUUUUUGAAAUCGUUCCAUUUCGUUUUAGAACGAGGGCCUUCAGCUAUAUUGUUCCGUUCUCGUUCCUUUUUUUUGUAUCGUUCCGUUACGUUCUGUUCCGUCCCGUUUCGUUCCGUUCUGAGUAGAAGAACGAUCUUCCCAUUCCGUUCCAUUCUUGGCGUUCUUAUUUAAAGAACGGUUCCAUCCCUCUCGUUCUGUUUUUUAUCAAAGAACGUUUCCAUCCCCCCGUUCUGUUCUUAGUAUAGAACGAUUACUAAAACCGGGUUACCUUAAAAAAGGGGGUGUACAAUUUGUAGAUUUUUGAAAAAUAUCUAAUUUUCAUAAUCAAUAUUUCAUAUAAAAAAGAAAUAGAAAUAAAUUAUAGAAAACACUUUCUUUCAACCUAAAUUCUCUCCCCCCCCCUUCUCCUUUUUCCCCUUUCUGCUCCCAUUCCUCAAGAAUGUAAUACAUUAAAU